GUUAAGUAAAAAUAGUCAAUUAGUUAUAUUUUUUUACCUUUGAAAAAAAAUGUUUCAAAUUCGUAAUGUUUCGAAAUUUUUUCCUCUAAAUCAUCAAUAUUAUCAAUAUUCUAGUCAUCAUGGUAAUGUUUCAAUAGAAUUAUCCUUAAAAAUAUUACAACGUUAUGGUUUUACCGAAUCACAAGGUCUACAGGCAUUAAAUUCAAUUGAAUCAUUAUUACGUCCAGAUACAUAUGAAUCGAUUGCAAAAACAUUAAAUAGUUGGAAACGUAAUGUUUAUCCACGGAAAAAUGUCGAUCAUAUUGGUAUGAAUGAAAAUUUCAAACAAGUUUUCUAUGAAAAAGAAUCACGUUUACUUUUGGUUGAUGAAAAUUUUAUUGAAAAUCGUAUUUAUCAGUUGAAAAAUUUGGAUUUGAUUCGUGGACAAAAUGAUUUAUGGCAAACAUUUUAUCAAUCACCGGCCGGUUUUUUUCUUCAAGAUUGGCCGGAAUUUCUUCGAAAAUAUUAUUAUAUUACGUUUAAAAUUCUACCAUGGUUAAAUCCGGAUAAUAAUAUUAAAACAAAUCAAAUACAUCCAUUAAUUUGUUAUCCACAAUCAAUCGAACAAUCAUAUCAACAAAUAAAAACACGUUUUAUAUUUGCCCAGCGAACUGGAUUUCGUAUUACCGAAAGUAAAAAUAUUAAUCUAAAAACUUUGUUAUUAAUAUCGGAAAAAGAUUUUCUACAAAUAUAUUCACCAAAUUGUACAAUAGAAGAAUUUGAAGCAUUGGAAAAACUUAAUUCAACUGAAUUAGGCGUCGAAGAUGAUCGAUUAUUUGAUGAUUUAGUUAAAUUAUCACCAAAACCAUCAAUGAUGAAAAAACAAACAAAAAAUGAAAAUUCAUUCAUGAAAAAAACCAUCGAAGAAGGAAUAUUGCUUAGCAAUUGAUCCAAUUUAUUCAAUUGAAAAACAUUUAAAAAAAAUUUAAAAUU